AAAGGGACUGUUCCCAAAAUGUCCUGUGGUUCUUGUGGCUGCUGUUCGCCGUUUCGGCCUCGAUACAAGCGCCUGGUCGACAACAUUUUCCCAGAUUAUCCCGAGGAUGGAUUGGUAAAGGGAAAUAUGGACAAGCUACUGUACUACGCGGUCAACUCACCAGAGAAAUUAGACAGUAUUCAGUGGUUGAAUAUGUACGUUGAGUUCUAUCUGUUGACUGUACAGCGUGUACUUGAGAAUACACAGCCAGAGAUGCAGGUUCGUGCAUCCGAAUCUUUUCUUUAUUUUGCCCAGAAGGAAGAGGAUGUUCCUGCUUAUCAUAGACGGUACGAUUUCUUCAUCAGUAAGUUCUCCCAGAUGUGUCAUUCAGAGAGCAAUGAUCCGGUCGUUACCUCCAGUAUCCGGAUAUCCGGGCUUAAGGGUAUAGGAGGCGUUGUGAGGAAGAUAGUGAACGAGGAUUUAGCUGAGAAUAUUUGGGAUCAACGUCAUAUGGAUAAAAUAAUACCAUCGCUACUCUACAAUAUACAGAUCGGGGAUUACAAGGCUGGGCUUGGUCGGAGCCAGACUCCUGAUCUUGGAGCUAUUUCAGGCCAGGAGACACUUUCUCCUCUCAGAAUAGCUGAGGAUACUUUAAGGAAGCUGCUUGGUAAAGCUUCCUUCACCAGUGUCAGACAAGUCUUAAAACCGGUAUUGGGACACUUGGACCUCCAUCGAAUGUGGACACCUGCGGACUUUGCUGAACACGUGUUCCAAAUUAUUGUGUUCAGUAUUGCACAGGUUAAAUGUGGUAUAGCUACUGUACUAUCUGAUAUAUUUACCUCCCGAGCUAUUGAUGCCAGUGUGGGACCAUCUGUUCUGGAAACUAUCAACGCUCUUUUAACCCAUCUUAGAUCAAGUGUUGAGAAUAUGAGUAGCAGAUUGGAGGCUGACCCAGACUGCAGGAGAUAUAAUGAAGCAAUUCUAAAUGCUUUAGGAGAAUAUAGUAGCAGUCUUCCUAAUUUCCAGAUUAUUGAGAUCAUGAUUUUUAUCUUGGGUAAAGUUCCACCACGUGUGAACUUGGAGCAGACGGAUCCCAGAUCAGCUGACGUAGAAUCAGAGCUUCAGCACACAAUGCUCAAGGCUCUACUGACAGUUGGAGAUAAAUAUACACCAAUACAGUUUACAACAACAUUCCCUCCUCAGUUUCUAGGUCAUUUGUUGAAUAUGCUGAGAUCUCCUGAACCUGAUGUUCGUCUACUAGUUCUUCAGAUCUUCCAUACACUAGUAGACAGGAAAGGAAACCUAGAUAGAUUGAACACUGUAACCUUGGAACCUAGAACGGAUCUUGUUAUACAAAAACCAAAUUUCAACAAACAGGACAAUAUAUUCUUCAUGAAGUAUGGUGAGAGGCUCUACUCUGAGUUCCUCAAGGUUCUCAGGGAGGAAUCAAACAGUUGCGAGUUCCAUCAACAUAUUUGGACAACAUGUUCCCUCCUUCUACUUGAGUGCAAUAGUGACGAGAAUAUUGGAUUUCAGAUAGAUCUCAUCAGAGAUAUUCAAGAUUUAGCGAUGAGCACCAAGAAUAUUAGAUUGAACAAUGCUAACAGAAUUGCCCUGCAUUCUAUCUGUGUGUCUUUGCUUGCAAUGAUUGGGUUUGUGGUAAAGAGUUCAGAUCUAACAGAAUACAAGGAUAGAUUGGUAUCUAUAAGACGAAGCAUAGCCCCCCACCUCCUACCCCCCCUGGAGGAGGAAUAUACCCCUGAUGCGGAGACUAGCAGUACACCAGAGCAGGUUCUUAUUGAUCUUGAAGUUGUGAGGAAUUGUCUAAGACAAGAGGGAAGAUAUAUAGACAAGGUUGGGAGCAGAACUCCAAGUGUACGCAACUCAAGACAGAAUUCGCCUAGGCAUUCUCCAAGAAACUCCUGGAUGGAGAAUGUGAAUAUGCAUAAUCGACGACCCUCCAGUGUCUCAGUAAACUCUGUAAAUGUCGAGGUUGACAGCGCUGCUUCUAGUCCGGGUAUUAUAAGAAAACCACCGAAUACAGAGGUUUCAUUUUUCGCGAUGAAGAAAGCUCUUCAGGAACCAAGUGCUAGAGAUAGAGAUACUGAGGAGAGAAAUAGACGUCUUCUCCGUGAGAAAUAUCUGACCGCCAGCUUCAAGGAACUCUGUGAGAUGACCGCUGCCAACAAACCCAGUGGGAACCUUCAGCAGUGUGUGAAUGAAGUGUUCGGCCGGCACUCUUACACGGAGAUCAGCCACGACACCGUGGACAUCACGAAGGGGAAGAAGAACCAGUUCGAGGAGUUCUUCCCUGAGCUCUUCAUGUAUUAGAUCGACAGGAUGAGGGAGUUGUCGACGCAAAGCUCUAAAUUUUAUUAUCUCUUUUUGUAAUAGAUUAAUCACACUGCUCCCUAAAAUCUCGGGUUUUCUACUUGGAACUUUAAGUAUUACUUUUUUAUGGUAAAAAAAGUCGCUGAAGUUAUUGUAUUUAGAUAUUUAGUUUAACUAUUUAGUAUAUAUGCGAUUUUGAUGUAAAAUGCAGCUGUCACUGUUAACUUAAGGG